AUGACCCACGCUGCAAACAUUUCAGAACGAGCUAAGACAGUUCUGCAGUCCAAUCUAUCUGCCAAAAGGCGCAAACACGUUGAGUCGGCCUCUUCCACUUCUGUGAUCACAUCAAUUAUUCUGGGCACUCCAUCUCCUGAGCCGUAUAUCAUCUUGGACGCUAUGUCAAACGAAUCUUCAUCUACAAAGGAUAACCUUGUUACGUCCCAAAAGCAAUCAACAAUCAGACCGCCUCCCGCUGAGUCAUUUGGGGUCCUAAACGCAUCUACCAUAACUCCUACAACAAGACUGAACUUUUCCUCACGAUCUAUUCCUACCGAGAGCGAGUCUUCUUCUAACAAGUCCGUUACGGCUAAGAGACAUGGCAAAACCAAGGGACUCCAUAGUACUCGUAAAAUGACUCUCGAACGGAAUCUUUCUAAACUUCCACAAAGUCAAACGAACCUGAAUUCCGGGCGCCCGUUGCAUCUGACACAAAGUGCUUCCAUGCGACCAGAACAGAGGCGCGUUGAGGGAGAGAGUUUCUUGGGUCUGAAGAUGCUAAAUGAAGAGGAUGACCCCGCGGCCUCUAGUGCGAUUGACUUCCAGAUGCUAGAUAUAUCUGGGUUAGUAUCUCUGCCUCUGUCUGUAUCCGGGGAAGAGUCCAGUGACGCGUUGAGCAUAUACGUUCCGCCUAGUGUGCUCAGCCUCAUUACCAGUACGUAUCUUUUGCCCGCCGCGAAACCCGUUAGCCUAAAGUGUAUUACACCUCAUACUUUCACAGACAUGAGACACAUCCUCAAGGUUGAAUCUGCUUCACGUCUAACUGCUGAGGCCCGCUACGUCCGGGAGAUGGAUCGGCGCGUCGCUGUGGACGCACAACUCUCAGAAGAACGCAAGAUACGUGCAGCCCUCGAGGCUAGACUGGCGAAAUUCACGACGGGGGCUCCGGUUUCGUCAACCCCAGACACUGCUCAGUCGUCGUCUACUGAGGUUGAGCUCCUAGUACGGAUGAGCAACCAAAGAGACACUGCACCUCCAGAAUUAUCUGCGUCCGCAUCGCCUAUUCAUAUGCACCCAGAGCCCGAUGAACCCUUGUUGAGAGAAGAGUUGUCGGCAUUAAGGAGUCUGCUAGCUCUGUCCGAGCUUCACACAGCUGGCGAGGUUACAGCGCCUAACAACGAUUUCCGGUUCGCUCAAGAUCAGUGA